CCGAUGCGGGGUCGAAGAUGAUGCUGGUUUUCGUGUCCAAAGCAAACGGCUGGUCAUUAUUUGUUGCCUCGUUUUGAUUGGAACUGCACGUCCGCCUCAGGUUGACGUGGGGUACCAGGCAGGCAAUCAGCAGAUAAAUUGGAUCUCUCAUGAACUCGCCCCAUGGAACCCAAGAUAAAAACAAACGCUUGACCACUUAAUCUUUCACGCGUUGAUGAAAAGAUUCACCAGGUCUCUGUACUCUGGCGCACAGAAACCCGAACAAGGCCUUCACAUCAUCCACCCGUCCAUCUCAUUUACAGCAUAGUAUCCAUCGCAGAUACGUCACCAUGGCAGACGAUCCGAACUUGGAAAGAUACCUUGCCAUGCUCAAGGAGCAAAAGGUCAAGCUUGUUGAAGCCCUUGCGCACAAGGGCAAGAAGCCGCCAGACUCGUUGAGGCGCUCUCGAAAAACACUGAAGCAAGAGUUUACAAUGGCUGCAUUGAGCAAGUCCAUGCGUAACUUUAUGGGGCAGAGAGACCAUAUCCGGGCUUGCUUCAUCGGCGCGGCGUAUCCUCCCUGCACGUUGCCUCUUUCAACUCUCGUGCCCAUAAUGAUCCGAGACCUCAGGCUCGAGACGCAGCACCGUGGCCGCGUGCUCAUCGUAAGGGCUUUUUGUCACCCCACCAAGCUGACAUCCAUUCAGAAUGCCAUCGAGGAUGAGCUUGGCGAUGUCGACCGACUAGCCAUCUACAACCUCCCCCAAACCGUUGAGCCCGAUGCGGUCCUCCCUCAAGGUGCCGUCGUCGCCAUCAAGGAGCCCUACUACAAGCGGACUGCCGACGGUGGCCUCUUCGUCCGGGUAGACCACCCCAGUGAUUUCGUCCGGCUCAGACCGGGCAGCAGCAUUAUCCCUGACAGUCUGGCUACACACAAGACCAAGGCAGACCCAUCCGUGCUUGAAUUGAAGGAGGACGGCAACACCGCAUUCAAGAAUGGCAAGUUCGAAGCAGCGAUUGACCUUUACUCGCACGCGCUGGAGAUGGCCAGCGACGGUGACGAAGACGUCAAGCGGGAUCUUUGGCGGAACCGGUCCGCGGCCUACCUGCGCCUCGGUCGUUGGGAACUGGCGAUUUCCGAUGCCUUGGCCUCCAUGGUUCAGGUCAGUGACGCAGACGAGGAGGCCAAGGACCUCAACAUCAAGGCUCUGUUUCGAGCAGGUAGAGCUGCCUAUGACAUGCGAGACUUUGAGCAAGCGAAGAGGCAUUUCGAAGCUGCGCUUGCGCUUGACAAGAAUCACGAGGAGACAAAACUAGAGCUUUCUCGCACCAACAAGCGCCUCUUGGAGCAGGAAUCUGGGCUGUACGACUUCUCCAGAAUGCUCAGGUCGGUAACUUUGGAACACGGCCUACUGGACCAUGCAUCCUUCUUGAACCGCACCAGAAUCGCCAAGACGGACAACCGCGGACGUGGUCUUUUCGCCACGGUCCCGCUGUGCGAGGGUGAUGUGAUAUUUGUCGAGAAGGCCUUUUUCACAGUCCACCGCGACGCGGGAGACUUGGCGGUCCUCAUCAACAUCAACACGGAGGUCGUCUCGGUGGGAACGCACAACCUGCGCCUCUUUGGCAUGAUCGACAAGAUGACCUGGAACCCGUCUCUUGCCAAACGGUAUUAUGACCUCUUUGACGGCGGCAAGUUUGGCGACGACAAGCAGCCCAAGGUGGUCGACGGCAAGGUCGCGGUGGACACCUUCCGGGUCCAGUCCAUCGCCGAGCUCAACGGCUUCGGCUGCCCCAGGCUCAGGUCGCGAGACAAGGAGCGCAUGAACGUGCAGGAGGGCGGGCCGGAAUCGAGCACGGGCAUGUGGCUGCAUGCGGCGUACGCCAACCACACGUGCAUCCCGAACGCGACGCGGGCCUUCAUCGGCGACAUGAUGAUUGUGCGCGCGGCGCGCGACAUCCCAGCCGGGGCGGAGAUUUUCAUGGGCUACGCGAGCCUGGCCGAGCCGUUCGAGUCGAGGCGGAGCAAGUUCAAGACCAGCUACGGCUUCGAGUGCGACUGCGAGAUGUGCCGCGCCGAGGCGGCGGUCCCUCCCGCCGCCGCCGAGAAGCGCGUGCGUCUGCGCGAGGAGAUCCACGCGUUCCUGACCGCGAACCCCUUGCGCACCGACAUGGUCGACGUGCUCCCGCCGAGCCAAAAGGCCAAAGUCAAGAGGCUGCUCAAAGAGAUCCAGGAGACCUACACGGCCCCCUACUUUGACCGGCUGCCGCGGCCAUUCUGCCACGACAUUGGCCUCUGCGCGGCCAUGUGCAUCAGCUCCCAGCCCCGAAACGCCCUCCGCGCCUUCUUGAACGUCCUCCGCGACUCGGGCUACUUUGUCACGAUGCACGGCAACAGGGUGACCAUCGACCGCCGGGUGGCAAUCCAGGCCGAGGGGGCCAUCCUCGCGGCAAUGUACGCUUCUCAGUGUCUGAUGGAGAUUGGCUACGAAGCCGCGGCUUGCGAGCUGGAGGAUCUGGGUAGGGAGGUCUUCACCUCCGUUUCUGGUGUCGAGGACGGCUUUAUGGAGGAGUUUGGGUGGGUCAAUUAGGGACCUAGGUAUUUCCUAGGGCAAAUUGCCAUGUUUUCCCCAUCUUGUUUUCCCUCCUGAAGCUAGGUCAAGGCCAUGUGUUACGACCAAACAAGUUGGGCC